CCUGCCGCAGUCUCAGGCGUGUCUGGCACGUUCUCCGCUCUUGGCUCGGCGCAGUUGAUGACAUGUGACCACCUGAUUAGGAGACAGCUGUGCGUGCGUUGGAGCGAGGAGAUCGGGAUUGUUCGCUGUAUUCAUAGGAUGCUCCGCAGAUAAACAAUCAACAUUUCCGUCAUUCUUAGCUUUGACUCGGAUACUUAAGUGACAACCACCUUUCCUUAUUAAAAAAGGGGGAUCGGGAGAUGAAUGGCAACGCAGAGGAACUCGUUCAACGGGGUUUCUCUCAUCACCUGCUCUUAAACUGAGGUGGCAAAUAGAAGCAAGAGAGCAAUGCAAACAGAGCAGCAGUGCUAAUACCAGAGAAUGGGGAACUCCAGCGCCAGAGAGACAACAUCAGCAGCUCCUGAUAACCAUCAAACAGGGGAUCAAGGUUCUGUUGAUCAUGCAGCCUAUGUGCCUCAUUCCUUUUAUUCUGACCAAGCCUCAUCUUGCUCCCCGGUAAAACCACAAGAGAUAGAUGGAAGGAGUUCAGGGAAAAUAAUGGGGCCUAGCCCUGGAGCAUUAUUUUCUUCUACAAUAAAUGUUAAAUCCAGGAAGGAUUCUUUACCCGUUCACUACUGUGAAGACUAUCCAGGCAGCCCUGAAACUUCUAUUGCUUCUGUUACAGACAGUACAGGAUCUUACAGUGAUGAAUGUGAACCAGUUCAGACUGGGAGUUGGAAUGGUCAUCACAAUGCAGCUGGUAUCACGAAAAUAUUUGUUCCUACAGGUAGUAAGGAUUCUGCAUGUAUUAGCUUUCAGUCCUCUGCCGAGUUGGAAAGCAGUAUGGCACAGAAUGUCACGGAAGACAGUACACUUGAUUACACAGGUGAAAAGGACAGUGGGAUGGAUCAGUCUGUUUUGAAUGAUGGCAGUAUCAUCCAUUGGUCAGAAAUGAAUUCUAGUGACCAGAGUAUCAUCAAACAAAAGGUAAAACCUGAAUCUGGUGUGCAAGACUAUUGGAAAAAUGAUUGGAAUGCAUCAGUUGUCAAUGCAGAUGUUGUAAAAUCACUGCUUAUUGAAAGAGAUGGUCUGUUACUUGAAAUCAAAAUGCUGAAGCAAAAAAUGCAGGUAGACCAGGAAGAAUGGAGACAGUUUCAAUCUGACCUGCAGGUAGCUGUUUCUGUUGCUGAUCGUAUAAAAUGUGAAGCUGAAGAUGAACUUGCUGCUCUUAGAAAAAAACACAAUGAAACAAAUGUUGAGCUUGUGAGCCUACAUGAGGAGCAUAGCAGGAUAGUAAAAGAGAUGAGUGAACUUAGUAUAUCCUAUCAGGACAAGCUGAAAGAGCUGCUUGCUGCUAAAGAAUCUGCAAAAGCAUUUUUUGCACUUAAAAUAUCCAACCAAGAAACUGAGAAAGAACUUGUCACUCUCAGAGCCACCCACCAGAAAACUGUAGAAGAACUGAUGAGAGUCACAGAAAAAUGUCAUGAAAUGGAGACUGAACUUAAUGAGAUCAGAGCAGAUCGUCAAGAAAGACGGUCCUUCAGUCAAGUGGCAAAAGAGGCGAGAACUGUGUUUUCCAGUAAUGAAUAUAUGGAAAGUUUGAAGAGGCUUAGAACUAAUGCUACGGAGUUGCCCCCUUCCUUACAAGAUUCUUUGAUGAAUGGAAAUUCACCUCACUUUGUUGCAGCUCAUUCCACAAUGCUUGUAUCUACAGGUCAGAAGAAUGACAACAGGUCGUGGAGGAUGGCUAAGCAAAUUGAAUAUUUCAACAAUAACACAGCUUUAAAAAAAGAAAAUUCAAAUCCUGUUCAUAUGGAUGUGGUGUCAGUAGACCGAGCAUCAUCCUUCAGAAAAGAUGGAAUGAAGGACGGUAUCAGCAUGCAUGUAAAGCGCCAUGGAAGCUCAAGGCGAAAUUCCCUUUUGCACUGGUGUCAAAGCAAAACUGAGGGGUAUAAGAAUAUUGAAAUCACCAACUUCAGCAGCAGCUGGACAGAUGGUCUUGCAUUUUGUGCAGUUUACCAUACAUACCUUCCCAGCCACAUCAAUUACAGUAAAUUGAGACCACAAGAUAAGAAAGAAAAUCUAAGCCUUGCUUUUAAAACUGGUGAGCGUGUUGGAAUCCCUGCUAAGUUGACUGUUGAUGAGAUGGUGAAAGGAGAAGGACCAGACUGGCAACGUGUACUGGAUUAUGUUGAAAGCAUCUAUGUGCACUUUGAGACAUGAAGUUUGAGCUGUAAUCAUUUAGAGAUGCCUGAGAGUAUGGACUCAAAAGUUUUUGGAGUUGUUUCUGUCAAUGUAUGAAGUCAUGAAAAUUCUUUGUCGGUUAGAAAGAGCUGACCUUCAGGUGUCAAAUUUGUACAGACUUGAUUUUUUCUGUCAUAGUAGGUGACUAAGUGUAUUUUUUCAUACCCUCUAUUGCAACAUGUUAGCGUGAAGUAUGUGUGCCAAUUUCUAUUUUUUUAAGUUAUGAAUGAAGUAACAUGUUAAACAGCAUGUGCCUAUGCUGAAUAUGAACAUUAUAUAUAAUUUGUUCUCUACUUGUUGUAUGUAUUAGCCCAAGAAAACCUUUAGAAACCAAAGACUGUGUAUGCUUAAUGAAAGAUCAUAUGAUACAUUCUGACAAGUGCUGUGUUCACCAGUUUUAUUAUCCCAACUUGCAGAGUCACAAUUCUUGUAUAACAUUAUUUCAAAUAUGUAAUUUAUCAUUUUUAAAAAAGAAUAAUGAACUGACUUACAUGCCAGUGUUACAGUGUGUGUUGAGUAAUCUCUGCCCACUGUAGUAUCACAAGUGACAAUUUAAGACUAAUGUAGUAUAUCUUAUGCCCAAGUCAUUUUGAUAAUAAGCUGUUCAUUAUAUUGCACAGCCCUGAUUUAGUUCAUAUUUUUGUCUUUUACUGGAUGUCAUCACAAGUACUUGGUGUAUGCUAAAUCUUAACUAUGAUGGACACAUAGCAAAUUUGUAGAAUAAAACUCAAUACAGUAGAUAGAAGUCACUGUAUAAAAACAUGCCAUUCUUACAAAUUUCUCUUGCAAGUAUGGUACUGACUGAGCCAUUAUUCAACUUGGCAGUCUUUACAGUACUGCAAAGUUAAACAUACAGUGAAUGCUCACUAUAACAUGAUUUGAUAUACUGGAAAUCCUGUAUCAUAAUGGUGGAAAUGAAGUAAAAAUGCUAACUUUAUUUUGCUAUUCAUAUGUGCCACAGAUCCAAGGAGAUUAGUGCUGGAGUUCACAUUUACAGAGAUCAGAGGCAGCAACAACAGCUGACACACUGUAUCAAUCAUUCAAAAAAGAAUGACCAGCCUAUCCUGCUUCAGUAAAAUCAAGGGCAAAGUUAGUAGAGCUGAGUUCCAGUAGUCCCCACGAUAUCACCAGAAAAAUGCCCUUAAAUGAAUUAUUGCAGAAAAAGGCAUUUUCACAAUUUUGUGGUUGCUGAAGUGCAAUUGGGGACAACAUAAUUGCAUAAAGAAAUGACCAACUGAAUUUGAAGGAGGAAGUUGACCGCUCGAUCAUUUCAAUUCAGGUAUAAACUGCAAAUGUCAUUUAAAUGUUGAAUGAAUAAAACUUUUCCUGGAUUAAAAUUGAAUUAGGAAUAAAAAAAAAUUAAUACUGAUGUUUGUGAAAGUGUUUGUUUUGAGAACUGGAUCUGUAGUUAAAGACAAAGAACGAGAGAGAGAGAAUAGAUUUCAAUGUCUGGAGUGGUCAAACUGGCAAGUGGUGAUUUUAUUGGUUAGUCAAUCAUAAAUCCUAAAAAACGCACCUCAAUGCACUUAAACAUCAAAUCACUUCGAUGCUUCAUAUUUUUCCCAGCUAAAUCUAAAGGAUUAACUCUGAAACGUAGAGGGUAAUGGUUGACCAUACACUACUCACAUAUUUAACAGAUGCUUUAUCUACCAUAUCUAAGAUAACCUCCAUCUUGUUACCCUAUGUCAUAGAAAUUCAUAUGGCUCCUAACUUAAGGAUUGCUAUGAUGCUAAGCUUGUGUUUGUUUUUAUUUUUUGUUUCCAUUGUGUACUAUACUUAUUACAAAUGUAAGAUGAUCAUCAUGCUCUGUACAUAUAGCAUAUACUGAAUGUCGUAACUUUGGAGAAUGUACUCUGUGUACAGUAGCUGUUCAAUAAAAAUUAAUAGAUCAAAAGUUGAAUAGCAUGCCCAGAGCAAAAAUAAACUGCUUUAUAGAUAAGAUUUAAGACAAAUAAUGAAAAUGUUAGUUUGAACCAGGUGAAAAUGGGGAAGCAAGGUUUUGCUGGGAGUCUAACAAUGGGUCUGUUUUAGAAAGAGCGAUUUGAUAACUCUGGAUUUCAGAACGAAUGUUGCAUUGUUAUUGCACAAUUUUUGCACCAACUUGUGCCUGAAUACUGGAAUUUAAUUGGCUCACACAAUCCUGCUUAAGUUCAUUGGGAUUAAUGCACGUUCACAGCGAAAUUUACAAGUCCUUGCGAGUCAAGCACUGAACAGCUGAUCAAGCAUGGACUACAAGUCUGAGAAACCAAGAGAUCAACCUUCGUGCCAGCAGAAGACCAUCUGCUGGUUUAAGUUCAGGAAGAAUAUUGGAGGAUCGGACAAAUGAAGAGAAAUACAGCAACUGCUAAGGAAAGGGAGAUGUGGAAAAAUAUCACCAAUAGAAUAAAUGUAUAAAACAGUUAAUCAGUGAAAUCUGUGUGAACUUUGUAUGAUUAUUGAAUUGUACAAAAUGUAAUCCUGGUGAUGUUACUUGAAAUGUUCUAUGCCCUCAAGUAAACAUUGUAUUCUGUUUUUGCAAUAUUAA